AUGAAAGUUGCACUCGUCGUCGCCGCCAUUGCCGUUGCAACCAUCGCCCAAGACGACAAUUAUAUCGAAAUUGUCGGAGGGCAUGAAGCAACCACUGGCCAGCACCGCUACGUGGCAGGCCUCAAGAGGUCAGCCACAACCAGGUCCCUCUGCGGAGGCAGUCUGAUCGCCUCCAACGUCAUUCUCACGGCGGCACAUUGCACCGGCAACGGCCUCUCGCAUGCGGUGGUAGGGUCGCACUUUCUGACUGGGUCGAGCGACGGCGUGCCGGUCAAAAUCACCAAGGAAAUCCCGCACCCUCAAUACGUCGCAUCGACGCACUCGAACGACGUGGCCAUCCUCCUCUUGGACCGCAAUGUCACAACUAUCACGCCUGUGACGGUGUCUUUUGAGGCUGUUCCUGCGAAUGUGCUCACGUGGGUCCGCGGGUGGGGCACCAUCUCGUCCAGUGGUCCCCAGUCGCAAGUGCUCAAGGAGGUCAGCGUCAAGACGUGGGACAACGCCAAGGCCGCGGCUGCAUUGAAACCGAGCAAAGUCGACAACACGAUGGUGGCUGCUGGGGGGCUAGCGGGGGAAGACUCGUGCCAAAGCGACUCGGGGGGACCGCUGACCAUCGAACAGAACGGUGUCGCACGCCUCGUGGGCGUGGUCAGCUGGGGCAACGGCUGCGGCGACCUCAACAAUCCCGGCGUGUACGGCCGCCUCAACACUGCGCGCUCCUUUAUCGAGCCGUACUUGGUCAAGUAGAACUUGCGCGUGCCGUACUUCAUCAGCGACAUGGUUCAAGAUGUCGUCGAUGAGGACAAUGACAUCGCCGACAACGAAGUCGACUUGGCUCUUGACGGGAAAACUAGCUUAUGUCGAGUUACGAUGUACAGUAGUACAGUAGGUACUGUAGGCUGUACACAUAAAUAUUACUAGAACAGUACUGUAGUGACUUAGUAUAAACGUUGAAGGAAUGAGGUUUGGUAACGUGCAGCAUAUGAAUGAGAUUAUUGUACGAACUACUA